ACCAUGGAGAAGAAGAUGAAUCACAAGAGCAAGAGCAUUCACGACAUCCUCCCUAUUGACCUGAUUCACAUAAUCCUACUGCGGGUGCCAAUCAGACAUGUAGCUCGCCUCAAGUGCGUUUCCAAGCUCUGGUGCUCUCUAAUAUCUGGUCCUGACUUUGCGGAAUUGCAUUUUCGCCAAUCUCCCGCUGCCACCACCGUCUUCCUGAAAAACGGCGCUAUGGCUUACUUGGUUAAUUUAGACGAAAAUGAUGCAUCACAAAAAGAAGUGUCUCCCCCUUUCGAGAAGAAACCACAUUCUGAUUUUGAGGUAUUGGGAUCCUGCAGAGGAUUUAUUCUCUUGCGUCGAAACCCACAUUUUCUUGUGGUAUGGAACCCACUGACUGGAUUCAGCAAAAGAAUAUCCCAUUCUCAUAUUGUUCGUCGUCUUAAAUACCAUGGCUUUGGGCUUUCCUACAGUAAGAAUCUGCAUGGAUUUGGUUAUGAUGCAUCACAGGAUGAUUACUUAGUUGUUGUGGCUUAUAGGGAUUAUGAAAGGCAAGAAGAUCAAUUGGAAUGCUUGUCCUUUAGAACCAAUUCAUGGAUUAAUCUUGAUGCUGUACUCCCCAGUCCAUUGGAUUGGUUUGACCACAAUUCUCGUGGGUUGUUCUUGAAUGGCGCUAUUCAUUGGGUGCCUUACUGUCUUAAAGAUUACAGGGAUGCAAUUCUUAUCUUUGAUCUCAAGGAAAGGACUUUCUCAAGGAUAUCUGCACCGGAACAACUGCUAAUCAGUGAAUGCCCCUUUCCAUGUCUCGCCCUACUAGGAGACUGCUUAUCUUUGUAUUGUGACAAUUAUGGUAGCCAUACAACUCAGAUAUGGGUGAUGAAAGAAUAUAAAGUGCACUCAUCUUGGACUCUCUAUCAGAUUCCUUGCAAAGCCUUUCAGCCAUUGUGCUUAUCCAGUAAUGGUGAUAUUAUUGGAAAAGGUGAUGCUUUCUCUGAUAAGGGAGGGUACUUAAUCUAUAAUGUCAGAGGAGAUCUGCUCAAGCCUUUUAAAAAUCUUUAUUGUCCCAUUCGUGGAGCAGAUGCUGUGUAUACAGAGAGUCUCUUGUCCCUCCCUAGCGACAUUAAGGAUAAGGACAAGAAGAAAAAGAGGAAAAAAAACUAUAUGUAA